UGCGAACACUCCUGGUGAAGGGGUCCUGAGACAACAGUGUCGCGGAGCAGCGGUGUCUGACGUCACAUCAUGGCGGCGUCCACACGAGCGCAGGUGAUUUCUCUGUACAGGACGAUGCUGAGAGAGAGCAGCAAGUUCCCGUCGUACAACUACAGGACCUAUGCACUGCGGCGGGUGCGUGAUGCCUUCAGGGCCAACAGGAAAGUAGAGGAUCCAAAAGCUGUGGCUCGACUGAUGGAGGAGGGACAGCGGACAGCGGCACUGAUACAGAGACAGGUCUCUGUGGGGAAGAUGUACGAGUCCCAGAAGAUGGUGUUGGAGUAAAUGGAUGGAGAAGAGGAGGAGGACUGUGACAGCAGAGACGGGAGCCAAUCACUGCUCGGACGUCACCAACCUACUUCCUCCAUCUUUAAUUUGACACAUCGGCGACUGGUGGAGGUGUGAAAUGCAUUGUGGGAGAUGUAGGACUGAAGAACAUAGUUAAAUUUUCCGGGCUGCACUGAUCACAGGAUCUUUACAUCAGUGUGACGGCGUUUUAUCUGUAGAUGUGUGAUCUUAUUGUUUCAGUCAUACGUGAUCGUUAGUGUUUCCUCAUCACGUGGAUUCAAGUGAAUCCAGUUUGAACCUAAACAUCUUUUCUACGAGACAGAACCUUGUUUUCUGAAUCAGCGUUUAAAUCUCAUUAAUUACAAGCUGAGACAACUUGUGGUCAAACAGCUUCACUGAGUUAAAGCAGAAGUCUGAACCUUUAAAUACGUGAAAACAAGAACAGAAAUAACAUGAAGAUUGAGUUUGAUCUCGAUCAUUGAUCAGUGCAGCCAUCCUGUGUUUUUGUUUAAUUUUUUUAGUGUUAUUUUUGUACUAUAACGCACAAUUAGUCGAUCCUAUUUGAGAUUAUCUUCUUGUUGUAUAAGAGCUAACAACUGAGGAGGACGGAGAGACGACUCAAACCAAACUUACAUAUAAAUAAACUUCUAAAUGUA